UUAAGCAUAAUUAUUCAAGAUUUCACAUUUAAUCAAUCUUUAUAAAUGCAGUUCGAUUCUUCAUUAUCGAUAGAGAUGAAACAGCAAAAGAGCCGACGGAUAAAUAAACAAUAUUUAUUUAAAGAUUAUAAUCCUUAUAAAGUUAGUAGAGCAACUCGAUCGCGACAUAAAAAUAAAAUAAAACAGCUGUAUGAAAAAAAUUUAUUCUCAGGAGGUAACGUAUACAUGCAUUCUGGAAAAAAAUCUAUAUUUAUUAAUUUUUGAAAUGGUAAAACCUAAGUUCUCCUUAAUCAAUUUACAGUAAACAGUCCUCAAAACAUAUUUGAUGCUAACACAGAUUUUCCAAUAACUAAGCAAUUAGUUUCUAAUACGACAAAAUUGCUUCGGUCAUCCAUUAGCUCUACUUCUGUAGUGUCACUAGAACAACUCCAACAUCCUGUGGAAGAAAGUUCCACCAUGGACUUCAGUACUAGCUCAGUUGACUCGCAUUGUAUUUCUAAGGAAACUCUGAUUUCUAAGGAAAUUCUGAUUGUAGAUUGUUCGGAUCCUCAUCAACAACAAUCUGCUCACAAUCAAUGUGACGUAUCACCAGGAUAUUUAGAAAACGGCAAUACUUUAGAUGAUAAACUAAGUUCCGAAAGUAACUUCUCAAAUGAUAAGCCGUAUUCUGAUAGCGACAGCGACUCAGAUAGUGAAGUAACUUCUGAUAGCGACAGUGACUCAGAUAAUGAAGAAACUUCUGAUAGUGAAAGUGAAGUAGAUUCAGAGCAAGAUUCAGAAUAUGAGCAAACUACCGAGUCGGAUUCGGACAAUUCAUCGACCGAUGACUCAUUUCGUUUUAACUGUGAUAAAAUGAAUGGUUCUACAAUCAUGUUUCCACAGUCAAGUAGUACUGUCUCAGAUGUAUUAUUAAUGGUUACGGCAUUUUCAGUAUCUAAACAUUUGACAAGAAAUGACCAAGAUGAUUUAAUUAAUUUAAUAAAAGUUUUAGCUGGUCCAGAAUUUGAAUCUUGGAAUGCUUCCCAUUAUUCACGGUCGAAAGCAUAUAAUCCUCCAAGAAAGAAAAUUCAAUCAAAUUUUUAUUGCCAGACAGAAAAAUGUCAACGUAUUUUACAUACAAGGAAAUUAUCGGAUAAGGAUAAAAAAAUAAAAGUUCAAUGUUCUCAAUGUAAAGCAAAGUAUAAACUAUCAUCGGCGAGUAAAAAUCAAUUUAUCAUUAUUGAUUUGAAAUAUCAAUUGAAAUUAUUAUUCAAAGAUACGGAAGUAAAGAAUGAUUUAUUAAAUACAAUGGAAAAAUUGAGACAACCGCGAAAUGAUGGAGUUAUACAUGAUAUAUAUGACGGCCAACUGUAUAAAACUGUACAAAAACUUUCACCAGGCGCAUUGACUUACAACGUCAACACAGAUGGCGCACCACUUACAAAAAGCUCCAAACGAAGUAUGUGGCCAAUACAACUUCAUAUAAAUGAAUUAUCACCAACAUUGCGGUUUCGUAACGUUCUUCUUGGUGGUUUAUACAUUACAUCGGCUGAGCCAUCUCCCGAAUUUAUGCAAACUUAUAUGUCAAAAUUUCUUGAAAAAGCAAAUAAUAUAAUGGAAGCUGGUAUAAAUAUAACUGAUAAUGAGGAUCAAAUAAGAAAUUUAAAAUUUUUCUGUCUUUUAUUAUGCGUAGAUUCAGUUGCUAGACCAGUUAUCCAAAACCGUUUCCAGUUCAACGGAUAUUCAGGUUGUAGUUGGUGUUAUGCGACUGGAGUUUACGAUAGUUCUGCUAUGAGAUGCCCUAUCACUCAACAAGUUCCAUUAUUGCGAACAAAUGAAAGUCAUAUCAAAGAUGUAGAACAAGUUGAAAAAUUGGGAAAGUCAAUAAACGGCGUUAAAGGUAAUUGUGCAAUGCUAGAAUUGAAACAUUUCGACUGCGUGUGGGGUUUUUCUUUAGAUUACAUGCACGGCAUUUUAUUAGGUGUAUCUCGACAUUUAUGGGCAUUGUGGACUAAACCAGGAACUCCAUAUUAUUUAAAUCCUCAACAACGAAAAGAAAUUAUGGCUCGUCAAUUACACAUUAAAAGACCUCAAGAAAUUCAUAGACUUGUGAGAACAGUAGAUCAAACAGCAAAAUGGAAAGCUUCAGAAUGGGAAUCGUGGCUAUUAUUUGAUAGUGUACCGUGUCUAGCGGGUAUUCUCGAUGAAAAAUGUUUUCAGUCGUACCUCCUAUUAGUUUCAAGUAUAUAUACGUUGAUGACAGACAAUAUAAGUGAAGAUCUUUUACUAUGUGAAAUAAAUAUACUACAGUUUGUACGUGAUUGUCAACUAAUUUACGGUGUUAACUCGAUGACAUUUAACUUACACUCAUUGUUGCAUGUUGUAGAAUCAGUUAGGCAAAGUGGACCAUUGUGGUCAAGUUCUGCUUUUCCUUUUGAAAGCAUGAUUUUCCUUAUUAAACGUUACAUAACAGGAGUUAGUGGUGUCUCAAAUCAAAUAGUUAAUUCUGUAUUGAAAGAGAAAAAUAUUCGAUGCAACAUUGACUAUAAUACUGAAUCUGUGAAAUGCCGUAAUUAUUGUAAGGAUCUGUUUAAGCCACGAAAACUGAAGAACUGUACACGAAGUGAUGAUCAUGCUUUACUGAUUGGCACUGAGAAAUCACCGGACGAUCAAUUGAUUCUAUUGAUGCACCAAUAUUUUGACAAUACUCAUUCAACUAAAGUUUAUAAUCGAUGUAUUUAUAAUAAAAUGGUGCUUCGCAGCACAGCUUAUACACGUCCUGAAAAAACAAACGAUACUGUAGUUCAGUUAGAUACAAAAAAAUUUAUUCGGAUUGAUGGUUUUUUCUCUUUAAAUAAUACAUGUUAUCUUUAUGGCAAUCAAAUAUUAACUGUUCAAACAGCUUUCCAAUCAAAUGUUCAAUUAUCUCAUAUCUUACUAGUAACAAGCAUAAGAGAAGAAAUUUUGAUUGCCAGUAUACAAAGUAUACGAACAAAAGUUAUUUUUUUUUCAACUGGUGUGAAUGAUUACAUAUGCUUCUUCCCUAAAAAUUUAGGGACAUAAUUAU